AUGUAUUGGUUUUCCCCUAAAGCAAACGGAGAAGAUGAAGACAGCGGCAGCACAUAUCAACAAGAUGGAGAUAGCGACAGCACAGAUGAACUGCCUCUUAGUAGAUUGGUCACAGUAACAAAAUGUGCAAGUACUGGUGUGGUUACCCCAUUCACCAGUACCGGUAUUCAAGAGUUAACUCCACUCACUGAUGCUAAUAGUCCAGCGGGUACCUCUUGCACCAUCACCAGUAAACCAGUUGUUACCCCACGCCCCAGUGCCGGUACUCCAGUGGUUACCGAAUUCAACGGUACUCCUGUGGUUACCCCAUUCACCAGUGUCAGUAUUCCUGUGCUUACCCCAUUCACCGGUGCCAGUUCUCCUGCGGUUACCCCAUUCACCAUUGCCAGUACUCCUGUGGUUACCCCAUUCACCAUUGCCAGUACUCCUGUGGUUACCCCAUUCACCGGUGCCAGUACUCCUGUGGUUACCCCAUUCACCAUUGCCAGUACUCCUGUGGUUACCCCAUUCACCGGUGCCAGUACUCCUGCGGUUACCCCAUUCACCAUUGCCAGUACUCCUGUGGUUACCCCAUUCACCGGUGCCAGUAUUCCUGUGCUUACCCCAUUCACCAUUGCCAGUACUCCUGUGGUAAACCCAUUCACCGGUGCCAGUACUCCUGUGGUUACCCCAUUGACCAUUGCCAAUACUCCUGUGGUUACCCCAUUCAACGGUGCCAGUACUCCUGUGCUUACCCCAUUCACCAUUGCCAGUACUCCUGUGGUUACCCCAUUCACCAAUGCCAGUACUCCUGUGGUUACUCCAUUCACCGGUGCCAGUACUCCUGUGGUUACCCCAUUGACCGGUGCCAGUACUCCUGUGCUUACCCCAUUCACCAUUGCCAGUACUCCUGUGGUAACCCCAUUCACCGGUGCCAGUACUCCUGUGGUUACCCCAUUCACCAUUGCCAGUACUCCUGUGGUUACCCCAUUCACCGGUGCCAGUACUCCAGUGGUCAACCAGUUUCCUGGUUUUUCACAAUCAACUUAUAGUCCCCUUCCAGGUGAGCCUCAAGAUCAGACAUUGUAA